AUGGGCGUAAAUUGGAUGAUCGGGAAUCGUAGCAACCGCGAGAAAGUCGUUACUGAAAUCAAAGUCCGAAUUGUUAGAACUGUUUGCAAGAAGAACCCUGCUGUAAUCGCGUAUAUUCCCGACUUUGGUCCCCCAAUAAGGGAGGCUCUUGAGGCAAAUUGGACAGUCGAAUUCAGUUAUUGGGAUUCAGUGGAUCUGCUAUUUCGCGACGAAAGUAUCUCACCCUCCCCAGGAGUCUCUUAUGAACUGCUGAGUGAUCACUGGAUCAUUAAAAAGCGCCUAAAUGCAUACAAUAAGUUCGCGUAUAACCGACCAUCAAACGAUACUCAAGGGAUCCAAACCGCAGAAUCCUUGUUAUUGCAUUUUACUGAUUCGAGAAAAUUGAAUACGAUGGUUGGAGACACUGUCCUGAAGUAUGGAUUGAGCAACAGACCAGAAGAAAAAAUUUGGGACAGUGUUAACAUGGGCUCGCACUAG